UUAAAAUUUAUUAUGUUCUACUAUUAAUGCAGAGUUGUUUUCCAGGUCCUAAAACUGUGAAACUUUUUGCAAACAGGGAACACAUGGGAUUUAGCAAUGUCAAUGAUUUCCCUCCAAGUGACACAGCUGUUUUAUCCUCAGAUACUCUCGAGGGUAAACCAGUGAUCUUAAAAUAUGUCAAGUUUCAAAAUGUUCGCAGCUUGACAAUUUUUGUGGAGGACAAUCAAUCUGGUUCUGACAUUACGAAAGUGCAAAAGAUUGUCCUUUAUGGAACGACGGUGGAAACGACAGAUAUGAAAGGUUUGAAAAAGAUUGAGGAUCACUGACCCUGAAUGAGCAAGAAAUGGGGGAAAAAACAAACAAACAAAGAACCAUCUGUGUACUUGUUUAAAUCUUUUGGAAGCAUCUUUAAACUUGGAUCUUUUUGUUCUGAAAUUCUAUCCAACUUUACAUUUACACUAUGCAUGAACUUUAGAAUUUAUUCUUGUCCAAGAUUCUGAAAGCUGCCGUCACCUGCCUUUGUGCCAUUGCUGCUGUUAUUUUCAACUCGCUGUAUUGAAAUUACAAUAUUGGUGCCAUUAUCAUCUUUAAAUGGAAAGAACAUUUAGGGGUUAGAACCAUGGUGGUUAGAAUCUUGAAGUUAUGAUUCAUUUGAACAAAA